AUGGCCAGCAAAUAUGCGUUCACGCAGACUCUGAAGGAACUGCGUUUCCACCUGUCCGGAUCAAGCCAGGGAAGCGAAGCUGCAAGAACCUUUCUCAAAAGAGCAUACCCGACCAUGAAGCACCACAACCCCAGCACGCCGAUUUUAAUACGAGAGGCGAGCGGCGUGGAACCCAAGGUGUGGGCGAGAUAUGGGUUCGGCAAGGAAAAAUCGGAAUCGUUGGCAGGACUCUCGGACAAGGAAAUCGAAGACCGGGUGACGACGCUGGUCAAGAACGAAUGA